AUGGCUCAUGGAAUAUGUGAAAUGUUAUGGCUUCGUCAUUUGAUGAAGGACUUGGGAUUCAAAUCCGAGUAUGCCAUGAAUUUGUAUUGUGACAAUAAAGCAGCCAUUGAUAUAGCACACAAUCCAAUUCAACAUGACAGAACAAAACAUGUCGAAGUGGAUCGACAUUUCAUCAAGGAGAAGUUGGAAUCAGAAGAUCAACUUGCUGAUAUUCUAACCAAAGCCGUUUCUGCAAAGGUGUUUCACAGCUCACUAGACAAGUUGGCCAUGGUGGACCAGUUGCAAGCGGAGACUAUCAAGCGGGAGAAGCACAUUGCUCACAAGAUGGCCAAAGUGCAGGAGACUCAGGCAGACGCAACGAUGGUUGAGCUGUCACACGUUGUCACCGAGACGUUGAGGAACAACGGUCAUGAAGAAGGAGAUCAUGACGAUCAUGAGGACCUAGUUGAGUCUACGCUCGCAUUGAAGGAGAUUUUGUAUAGGGCUGAUGAGUUACGGGCCGGAACGCUCAAGAACAUCACGCAUAUACUGACACCAAUCCAGGCCGUCCAUUUCCUGAUUGCUGCUGCUGAGUUGCACUUGAAACUUCAUGACUGGGGCAAAAAGAAGGACGCCUCCGGCCAACUGGUUGAGGGACUCUUAUAA